UGUAACGCAAUCUGAAUGUCCUCCAUGGUUGCAGUUUGAAAGCUGCCAGCAAAUGCGCCUAGAAAAAUGUCAAUGUCACGUUUUAUCCAGACUACAAACCGCUUGACUUUAUUGCAAAGAAAAAUUUCCCGUCAGAAUCUAUGGACCUCUUUGCAGAAUGCAGCGAGAAGAUCAAACUCAUGUUUACAUGGUCUUCCAAUCCGCCAUUUUCAUAGCUCAAAACGGAGGCAAAGAGAGCUUCAUGAAUACGAUGAGGUGUUCAAGAAGUCUAUCGAAGAACCAGAGGAAUUUUGGGCAGAGUUAGCAGAAGAAAUUGAUUGGUAUAAGCCAUUUACGAAAGUUGUGGACAAUAACAACCAGCCUUUUACAAAAUGGUUUGUCGGUGGUGAGAUGAACACUUGCUACAACUGUCUUGAUCGACAUAUUGAAAAUGGAAGAGGGAAACGAACAGCUUUGAUUUACGACAGUCCAUUGAGUGGCAAAGUAGAAAUGUACUCAUAUGAAAACUUACAACGUCUAGUUGCAAAGUUUGCUGGUGCUCUGGCACAAUUAAAUGUUGGCAAAGGAGAUCGAGUUGUUAUUUAUAUGCCAAUGAUUCCACAGGCUGUGAUAGCCAUGUUAGCUUGUGCUCGACUUGGUGCUAUUCACUCUGUUGUAUUUGGAGGUUUUGCAGCCCAGGAGUUGGCAAGGAGGAUUGAACACGCUGAACCACGCAUUGUGGUGACAGCAUCCUGUGGUCUUGAGCCAACUCGUUUGGUCUAUUAUAAACCACUGUUGGAUGAGGCAAUAAAGAUGUCAAAAUUCAAGCCGUCAACAUGUGUUGUGUACCAAAGAGACCCGUGUUCAGGGGGCAUUAUCCCAGGGCAGGACAUCAGCUGGGAUCAAGUGAUGGAGAAAGCACAGCCCCAUGACUGUGUACCUGUGCUUUCAACUGAUCCUUUGUAUAUUCUCUAUACCUCUGGUACCACAGGUGACCCAAAGGGUAUUGUGCGACCAAAUGGAGGACAUGCUGUAGCUCUUAACUGGAGCAUGAGAAAUUUGUAUGGGAUUAAUCCUGGAGAGGUGUGGUGGGCUGCAUCUGAUCUUGGCUGGGUGGUAGGUCAUUCCUACAUAGUUUAUGCUCCUUUGUUGUCUGGUUGCACAACUGUUUUAUUUGAGGGUAAACCAGUAGGUACUCCAGAUGCUGGGGCAUUCUUUAGAGUCAUCGAACAACAUAAAGUUGUGAGCAUGUUUACGGCGCCAACAGCUAUUAGGAUCAUUAGAGCAGAGGACCCAAACUGUGAAUUAAUUAAAGAAUACGACUUGUCACAUUUUCGCGAAUUGUUCGUGGCUGGUGAACACAUGGACAAAGAUACCAUGCAGUGGGCCAGGAGGGCCAUUAGUGCACCGGUUUAUGACAACUGGUGGCAGACUGAAACUGGCUGGGCCAUCACAGCACACGCUGUGGGCCUGGGGCGACCCAUGGAUGAGCAUUUACAGACAACUGGAAAAGCAGUUCCAGGAUACAAUGUGAAAAUACUCAAGGAAGACUUAACCGAAGCAGACCGGGGAGAUCUGGGCCAAGUCGUUGUCAAGCUUCCGCUUCCUCCUGGAACAAUGGCGACCCUUUGGAAGGCUGACGACAGAUUCGUCAAAACAUAUUUCACUAAAUAUCCGGGAUAUUACGACUCUAGUGACGACGGUGUUAUGGAUGACGAUGGAUUUGUGUCAAUCAUGGCACGCACUGAUGACGUCAUUAAUGUAGCAGGCCACAGGAUCUCCACUAAAUCUCUAGAGGAGGGAAUGAUUCGUCUCGAUUUUGUGAUCGAUGCAGCAUGCGUUGGACUUGAAGACCCGAUUAAGGGUCACUUGCCAGUUGGAUUUAUAGUCAUCGAUAAAACGAGUGGUGUUUCCCGAGAAGAUGCAAUCGAACAAGUCAUUCAGAGUGUGCGUGAGUUUGUUGGUCCUGUGGCGGCAUUUAAAACUGCUAUUGUUGUACCAACUCUUCCCAAGACCCGCUCUGGAAAAACUGUGAGAGGUGUUCUUUCCAAAAUCCUUCAUGGCAAAACAUAUAAAAUUACUCCAACAAUGGAAAACCCGCACGUUUUAGAGGAUAUUGAAGCAAUUGUACGCGAAGAAGGAAUCAUUGAAAGGACACUGAAAUAGCGAAACGGUUAUUCUGCAGAAUGUAGGAAACACUUAGGAAAUGACAUAUUUUAGUUUUGAUAGAUCGGAAGAUUAUUAAUAGAAAUUAUAUAAACCAACCAAACAAAUGAAGUGUAUACCUUCAUUAACCCGAAGAGUGACUUUCACACAAAGAUAUCGAUGGGAACCAUAAGAGCCAUAGUUACGGAUAGGGAGUCAACGAGUUUAUAAAGCUUUAUUAGCUGAAGCGCGCGGAAUUCUACGUUUCAGCUUACUUCUAGCCUUUUUUUUUUUUUUUCGUUCUCCAUCACCGUUCAAUUGUAUUUGCCAUAUGGGAACUCAUUAUAUAGAAAGUAGCGCCGUUGGACCAUUUAACUCUGGUUGGACGGACGUCGUGAUUGGUUAUUAAAUGUCUCUCAGUUGCAGAAUGUCCUCAAGAAGGGGGGGGGGAUGAUAGGUGAAUUACUCUCCCUUUAUAUUCUAUCGCUUCUCUUUGAAGCGAAGUUGGCAAACAACACGAAUGGCAACCUACCUGUGAGUAUCAAAACAGAUGUAGCUGUACGGAGAAAUAAUAAAAUAUCAUGAGCCAAAAUGGUAGAAAUGCCUUGCACUGAUAACCGUUGGGCGUCAUUCUCGUUUCUGGAACGCCUUGAACUGAAUCUCGUUUUGCCUGUUAUCUCGAAAGUACUUUUCUCGUUCAUGUCCUUCUCCGUUUCGUCUCCACGCGCAUAUCAGCUUGAUUCCUCUCC